AUGGCGUCCGCGCCGUCGACGCUCGGCACCGCCGCCAUUCUCAAGGGCAUGGCCGAUGCCCUGCCCGCGCACCCGCCCGGCGACGACUCGUCCGACCUCGCCAGCUCCUACGAGGCUGUCGCCUUACUCAUCCACGCAUACCUUGCCGCCCUGGGCUUUGAGCUCUGCGGCUUCGACGAGGACAAGCCGAUGGACUGCGCCAGUAUCGCUCCCCGCCUCCCGUCCCAGUGGAACGCCCGCUUCGGCUCCCUCGCUUUCGUCUACCGCCACAAGCAGUCGUCGAUGCGCUUCGUCGUCCGCGUCGACCGCAUGGGCGGCAAGGUCGAGGUCCGCGGCCUCGCCGUCGGCGCCGACACCAUUCACCGCUUUGAGCGCGCCGUCCGCGAUGUCGUCCGCUCCGACGGCCUGCCCCUCCGUGUCACCCUGGGCUCCGACGGCGCCGAGGACCGCUCCGACCUAGUGGACAAGAUGAAGGCGCUGUUUGUUUCAGAGCAGGCCAUUGUCGAUAUUCUCCAUGACCUGAAGGUCAACAUUGUCCAGAAGCUCAUCCCCAAGCUCCAGCGCGAGGGCUACGUCGAGGUCGACGACCGCGAUGCCCAGGAGGCCGCUCAGGCCGAGCGCCGCGCCCAGGAAUCUCGCGAUCCGAACCGCCCCUUCCGCGGCGGCGAGCCCCAGCAGCCGCAUCCGCAUCCGCAUCCACACCCGCUGCCCGAGCUCGCCCGGCCACGGCCCCUCGCCCCCGUCGGCGACUUCCCACCCCCCGGCUUCGACGACGAGUACGAGAUGAACCGGCCCCCGCGCGCUGGCGCCGGCAUCAUCCUCCCCGACGGCCGCUCCCCCUUCAACAUCGGCCACGACGACCUGAACCCACCGGGCCUCGGGCCCCACGACCCGCUGAGGGGAUCCUUCGUUCCCGGUGGCGGAUUGCCGCUCCCCGGUCGCCCCUCGGGCAUGCACCCGACGUUCGACGACCCGCUCUUCGCAGGCCAGCGCAGUCCAGGUGGGUUCGUGAGCGACAGCGACCCCAUGGCCGGCUACUACGACCCGCAGUCUCCCCCGGGCUCGCGCUGGGACCCUGUCGGCCCCGGUGGCGGUCCUCGUCACGGCGGCCCGGGUGGCUCUCGCGGCGGCAACUACCCCUUUGGCGACUUUGGCGGCGGCGGAGGCUACGGCGGAGGCGGCUUCGGUGGCGGCGGGCAUAUCAUCUAG